AUGUGUUGGGUGGCUUGGAACAAACUCACCAAACCUAAACGAGACGGAGGCCUGGGCUUUAGGGAUAUUGAAGCUUUCAACGAUGCACUUUUGGCGAAACUGAGCUGGCGGAUCUUGAUGAAUCCUCAAUGCCUUUUAGCAAGAAUCAUGUUGGGAAAAUAUUGCAAACACAAAAGCUUCUUAGAAGUGGGAGGGAAACAAACGGCAUCACACGGUUGGCAAAGUAUACUCAUUGGCAGGGACCUCCUCAAGACAAACCUGGGAAAAGCCAUUGGAGAUGGAGAAGACACCAGCAUCUGGAAAGAACCAUGGCUAUCUCUCGAUAAACCGAUAGCUCCCAUGGGACCUGCUCACCAAGACACAGAGAAGCUAACAGUCUCAGAACUUUGGAAUAGCCAAACAAAAAGCUGGAAUAAGGAGAAGAUACGACUUCUCUUACCCCAAUGGGAGACAGAGAUUCUACUCCUCAAACCAAGCUGCAUGCAAUUGAUAUCACCAAACGGUUUUUGCAAGAUUCUUUGCCUUUAG